AUGAUGGUAUAUGGAUUAAAAGCACUUGUUCUAGUGACAUUUUCAUCACUUUUCACAACACCAGCAAAAGCAGAUCAAACAGAAAUUAAACUUGGGAAUGACUGUCAUCAUGAUAUGGAUUGUUCAGAUCACAUAAAAGGAAGCUAUUGCUCAUUAGGAGGAGUUUGUGAAUGUUCUCCUUUCUAUGUUAUGCUAAAUGACACAGUGUGUUUAUCAUCUCAACUUCUAGGCAACGACUGUAUAAAAGAUGAACAGUGCUCAAUGCGUGUGGCUAAUAGUGGUUGUUUAGAUGGUGCAUGUCGUUGUACCGAAGGCUUUCUACAGUUUCGAAAACACACAUGUUUGCUACCUGCACAACCUGGAACUGUAUGCUAUUCCAAUCAUCACUGUAAAAUGUGGGAUUUAAAUUCGCAUUGUGACUUUUUAAUACCAAAUCUUUUUGGACGAUGUCAAUGUUCACUACCUGCUCGAUUAAAUGGACUAAAUUGUACAUUGGAAAAUGAAGAGGAAAUGGAAACAGAAAAUACAAAAUUCAUAAAUUCACUUUCAGAGCUAAUUUAUCCACAUGGUCAUGAAAAUCAUGUGCCGGAGCAAAUUUUAAAUAAUUUAGUUGAGACAACACAUAACAUACAGGAACUAUCAAAUGAUAAUGACUCGUUCGAUUAUCCACAAGAAUUUUCGGGACCAAUAGACAUAAAUACAGAAAACAAUCAAAACAUGGAUGAUGAAGAUCAGUAUGAGGACAAUGAAAUUCAAGAUGAAGAUUUUGAGGCUGAAAUUAUUCCACAUGAAACCGAGCAAUUAUUGCAACAAUCAGAGCAUUCAAAUCAAAUGAUACAUCCAGAUGAUAAUACAGAGCAAACACAAAUUGAUGAGGAAAUAGCAACAGAAGCAUAUGUUCAGGAAAUAGAAAAUCAAUCAAAUGCAAAUGAUAGAGAUAAUCAAGAAAAAAAUACUAAUGAUGAUGAUAAUAAUAAUCAAGCAAUUGACAGUGAAAAUACAGAGAAAGCAAUGAGUGAAGAAAGUACAACUGUUGUACAAGAAGUUGAUGAAAAUCUUACAACCCAAUCUGAUGUGAUUGAUCGUGAGAAUGAAACGAUAGAACAUAAAACAGUAGCAGAGGAAGAACACAUUACAGAAGAGCAACAAAUAGUGAAUGAUUUGGUUGGUGGAGAUGAAAAAGCAAAAGAAGAACAUAAUAAAGAAAGUAAUAAUAUAAAUGAGAAUUCAGAAGUGGUAGAAUCUACUACGGUCAUAAAAGAAAUAAAUGUUGCGCCUUCAGAAAAACCUGUUGAAAAUGAAAGUUUUGCAGAAUCACAGCAGCAUGAAGAAAAUGUAAGAAUUGAUGUAAAUGACCCAAUACAUUCUACUUAUUCAACAUUAACAAGUGAAUCAGCAACAGUAACGGAUAUUCCAUUAGAUGCGACCACACAAUCCAUAAUUGAUAUAACAACAAGGACAGCUAUAAUUGAACCAAAUGCAGAAAUAUCAUCAACCAUCCUUAAUUUAAUCAAUAACGAACAAGUUCCUGAUAUAACCACUACACUAUCAUCUCUAAUCACUGGAGAAAUAACAAAAAAUACAAGAAAAAAAACAAAUAGAUUAGACCUCGAUAAUUUAGCAGUAUCUUUAGGUUUACCUUGUGAAAAUGAUCACCAAUGCCAAUUGGCAGAUUCGCACUCUUAUUGCAAUGAACGAAACGUAUGUGAAUGUGAAGCAAUGAGAAGUUCAACGAUAUCGAGUGAAUGCUCAGCACAAAAUCGAGGAUGUGCAGAAGGGACAUUCCAGUGCCGUUCCAGUGGUGUAUGCAUUUCGUGGUUCUUUGUCUGCGAUGGGAGACCAGAUUGUAGCGAUGCGUCAGAUGAAGAAUGUUCAUUUUCAAUGGAUUCAAAAAGUCAAAACAGCACACAUGAUUGUCCACCACAAUCAUUCAAAUGCUAUCGUAGUGGAAAAUGUGUUUCAAAAGCUGCAUUAUGUGACAAUAAAGUGCAAUGUCCAAACGGCGAAGACGAGGAAAAGUGUGACUUUAGAAAAUCAAGAAGGUGUCCUGAAAAUACAUUCCCAUGUCGAAGUGGUGAAUGUCUACCCGAAUAUGAGUUCUGUAAUGCAAUCAUAUCCUGUAGAGAUGGAAGUGACGAACCCCCUCACUUAUGUGGAUCAGAUAUAGUGAUCACAAAUGUUUUCCAAAGGCCUUCCGCUUUUCCUGCGGCUAGAGGCAAUCGCUAUUGUCCACUAAGAUGUGGAAAUGGACGAUGUAGAAGCACUGCGAUUAUUUGCUCUGGACGUGAUGGAUGUGGGGAUUCUACUGAUGAAAACAAUUGCUCAGUUUGUAGAUGUCCAGCACCUUCAUCAUAUGAAUCACUUAGUACAUCAGAAACAAAUCACCAAUCAAAUUUUAAGCAAAUACGUAAAAAUCGGAUCGGUUGGUUUCAGUUCUUAAAAAGUUUAAGUUAAAUAGCACAUGAUUGAAUAAUUUAAUGAAAUAUAUAUAUUUGUAAAUUUUUGUGCCAGUCUGUUUGUGUGCUGUAUAGAAAUAUUUAUAAUUUCAUCAAUUAUUUUAUUCAUAAAUUUCCUCAAAUUGGCUAUGAUUGUAUUAAUAAUUUAGAUUAAAUUGGAAAUCAUGGGCACUCAUUUCAAAAUAAAAAAGUAUUUGUAGUCAAUUAUUUUAACAAAAAAAAAAAUAUGGAUAAUAAUUAAUAUUAAUUUAUGUAAAAUAUUAU